AUGUCAAGUUAUGUGCAGGAAAAUCCGAUGAGGUUACGAAAAGCCGACUCCUCGAAACUACGUCGAAGGAUUCAAUAUAUUCACAGUUUACAGAAGUUAAACAGCAUCAUGGAUGAAUCGACUCCACUAGUUUACCAUAGCGAUGAUGAGUAUGACUCUUACCACACAGUCAAGAUCAAUAGGAGAACUAAAGUGAUUCUAUAUACGGUUGUCGGCCUUCUCGGUUUUAUUACACUUUGGGUGUUUACAAUGGUCCUCCCAAGUUAUUAUAUCCCACAAGCGGUAUCACUAAAGCCAAUAAACCAUAUUUCACAAUUGAAUGUGAGCUUUGAAACGGGGCAGGGACGAAAACAAGUUAAGAGAAUUAUUAUGAUUGGCGAUAUCCAUGGCCAUUACGACGAAUUUAGGCAACUAUUGAGGAAAGUUGAAUACAACAAAAAGGACGACGAAUUAUUAGUCUUGGGUGAUUUUGUUACCAAAGGUCCUGACUCGUUCAAGGUGUUGGAUUAUUUGAUUGACCACAAGAUUGAGUGCAUUUUGGGAAAUCACGAAUAUUACGUUCUACAAUAUUACGCAAACUUUCAUGCUCUUGAUCAGCCUAGCUUUCAUUUGAGCGAAACACAACCCUCCAGUCACAUUUGGAUCGAUGGAGCAUUUAAUGACGAUCCAGAAUAUCUUUUUUCCAAGAAAUUGCAACCUCACCAUGUGAAGUACAUCAACCAUUGCUCAGUGAUCAAGGAACUUGGUAUGGUGCCAGUGGGAGAUGGUGUGGCUCCUGGAGUUGCAGUUCAUGCUGGUCUUCGACCCGAUUUGAAGUUGAGCCGACAGGAUCCUAUUGAUAAUUUAGAGAUGCGCUCUCUUAUAGGUCCUUUCUACAACGAAACAACUUCAGACCCUAAUGCUCCAUUUGCCAAAAGUUGGUCAAAGAUUUAUAACUCUAAACAUGGUAAAGCACCAGCUGAAUAUGUGGUAUAUUACGGCCAUGAUGCUGGUAGAGGGCUCAAGUUGAAAGAAUACACAAAGGGAUUGGAUUCUGGAUGUGACAAAGGAGGAAAAUUGACUGCUGUUGUGAUUUCAUCGAAUAAGAAGAAGGCAAAGAUAAGAUUAGAGGAGGUGACUGUUCAAGUUGAUUGCUGA